AUGGCGUUGCCCCCAGAACAGAUCAACAUCAAACGCCGUCGAGAGGAGGAACCCGUGGAUACGUUAUACAUCCAGUCGGAAUUGCACCAGACCAAGCGUCGUUUCACGGACUUUGUCUUCCAGCGAGUUCAAAUCCGAAGCGGUGAUGGCAACAAGGGCUCCCCCAGUCCAUCGCCGGCCCAAAGGGACCUGCGCAGCCCGCGCUCGGUGAGCAGCGUCCCUUUUCCAGGAGCGACUCCUUCCCGCGCAGCAGCGUCGGGGGCAACAGGGGUGCCGAUGGUGAGGGCCACGUCGCCAGGGGCUGAGCUUCGCGAGGCCAAACGUCUGGCAGCGCUGCGCAAGGAAAGAGAGGAGCAGCUUAAAAGGGCGUUGCAUUCGUCACCGACGUCGAGAAAGUCCGUCGGUCCUGAUCACGGCGCUGACGAUGACGACGCGGCGCCUGUGGCGACGACGACCUCCAGCGACAGAGGAAGCCCCGCGCCGUCCGCGUCCCCGGGCAUGCGACGAUUCCAAAUUUCUCGAACCAAGAGUAUUCUACGGAGUACGCCGGGGGCAGGGGUGCAGAAGCGCAAGGGAGAUGGAGCAGUCGCGGUGCUGGUGGAGAAGUUAAGGCGAAAACCGCAUUCCAGGCAAGCGUCGAUGGUUGCGGAUGCCGCCGCGCGGGCGGAAGAUAUCAGGGGAUUGUCGGAGGCCGCUGCUACGACAAUAACCGAUUCGCGUGACAGUUCGGUGUCUCGCGAGAAUGCUCCGGAUGCUGCUCGCCCCCGCAAGCGACCGGUGGUCAACAAGGCAGAGAGACAGUGGCGGGAGGAGCGUAAGACGGCCAUCGACGCGGCCAAACAGAGUAUCAACCAGGCGUUGGAGAAGGAGGCCCAAACGCAGCACCAGAGCAGCUGGGACGACGAGUCGGAGCGACUGGCCCGCGAGUUUGAGCUGAUCGCGCUGGAGAUGGAAGGGGCCAUGGAGGAGGACACGGAAGACGUCAUGUCCGCGCCGUCGUCGACGCCCGCCCGGUCUGCUCCGGUGAUGCCCAAACCGCCGUUGAAAUACCCCCCUCGUACACCCAAUAAGCUUCGGGCUGGGAAGUCUGCAGAACCGACGCAAGGGGGUGAAGAGCCGGUCAAGACUUCCGCGGCUGCUACGGCUGCCCCUCCGGCAUUACGGUCGGCCGAGGAGAUAGAACACGAGGAGGACAGUGACGGAGAAUAUGUCUACGACACGUACAUUCGAAAGCCCUUGCCAGAGGGGGGAGCAGAUCGAAAGGGAGGAGACCUGCUUACGAACCCGCUAAUUGACUGGCAACGCGACCAAGACGCUUGGUUUCGGCAGAAGGGCAUUGACACGACCCGUGCCGACGUUGGGGUGAUCGUCAUUACGCAAGAGGACGAGGAGUAUUGGGAGCAUUUUGUCGAGGACGAUGACGAUGAAGACCGCUGGGACAGCGAAGAUGGCGAUUCGAAUGCUGAAAAUAAUCCCGCCAAUGAAUAUCCGGACGAGGACCUAUCCUGGGACGAUGAAGACGACGAUCCCAUGGCCAUCUACCACAAAUACCGCCACCACGCGGUGUCAGACGAUGAGGAAUUCGACAUGAACGAUUCAGCCAGUGAGAGGGCGUUUGGAUACUCUGGGCGCCGGCCGCACGUGGAGUCGGAUGACGAGAGCUGGUGA